AUAAUUCUGCGUCGGCGAUUGUUUUGAAACGUUGGAAGAUAACGCGUUGGAAGCAGUGGAAACCUGGAGGAAGCUUUAUCUGUCUUUGUGAAACUUUACUUUGGUUACUGUACGGAACGAACUGGACUCUACACUGCAAAUGUCAAAGUCAACUAUCCAUAAGAAUGUUUAUGCCAAGAGCCCUGAAGGUGAAAAGACCUGCCCAGGUUUCAAGGCAAGUUUUGAAUAAGAAAAGCAAGGUAGAUCAGGAGGAGUGGAAAGAUGAAGGUACUUCAGUGACACCUGUUCAGAAGGAGGAAGCAUGUGAAGACACCAACACACAGGAUGAGACACAAGCAGCUGGAGACUCUGCAGGGUUGACAGAGAGCUCAGUGCGUGAGGAUGGACAUAAGUCAAGUGCCUCAAGUGACACAGAUGAUGAUGAUGAUGAGGAGGAGGAACCUGUCAAAUCAUUUAAGAAGAGCCAAAGGUGGCCCGAGCCAGGAGAGCCUGUGUGUGUAAUGUGUGGUCGCUAUGGGGAGUACAUUUGUGACAGCACAGACAAUGAUGUUUGCAGUCUUGAGUGCAAAGCCAAACACUUGGCCCAAAUGGGGAUGGGCACCGGGGCAGAUGUGUUUAACCGUAAGGACACAAAUGCAGACGAAAGGACUCAACAGCUGGCAGUUGAUACUGGUGGUGUGAAUGAAAGUGAGGCCGGCUAUUCCUACAAGGAGGAUCGGUUCAUAUCAGGCCUCACAGAUGAGCAGGUGCAGCGAAUUAAACAGGAGCUGGGCAUUGAAACCCAGGGGAGAGACGUCAGGAGACCCAUCGUUGAGUUUGAACACUGCGGCUUCCCUGCCACGCUAAGUGGCAACCUGAAAAAGGCCGGCUAUGAGGCACCCACGCCGGUCCAGAUGCAGAUGGUCCCUGUUGGUCUCAGUGGCAGGGAUGUGAUUGCCAGCGCUGACACAGGCUCAGGGAAGACUGUAGCUUUCCUGCUGCCAGUGGUAGUGAGGGCACUGGAGAAGCCAGCACACAGUGUGGGCAGCCCUGUGGCUCUCAUCCUGACCCCCACCAGGGAGCUGGCCAUUCAGAUAGAGAGACAGGCCAAGGAGCUUGUGAUGGGCCUCCCUAACAUGAGGACCGCACUGCUGGUGGGCGGCAUGCCACUUCCCCCACAACUCCACCGCCUCAAAAGCAGCAUCAAAAUUAUCAUAGCCACCCCAGGACGACUCCUGGAGAUCCUGAAGCAGAGGGCAGUGCAGCUGGACAAAGUGAAGGUCGUGGUGGUUGACGAGGUCGACACCAUGUUGAAGAUGGGCUUCCAGCAGCAGGUGCUGGAGGUUUUGGAACAAGUCCCCGAAGAACACCAGACUCUGCUGGUGUCGGCCACCAUCCCAACAGGGACGGAGGAGCUGGCUGCCCGAUUGGUCCGUGACCCUGUCCGUAUUGCUAUUGGAGAGAAGAAUCUGCCCUGUGCCAACGUGAGGCAGAUCCUGUUAUGGGUAGAGGAACCCUCCAAGAAGAAGAAGCUGUUUGAGAUUCUUAAUGACAGCAAGCUGUACCAGCCCCCAGUGGUUGUGUUUGUAGACUGUAAACUGGGGGCUGAUCUGCUGUGCGAGGCGGUCGCCAAGGUGACAGGCCUCAAUACUGUGGCAAUCCACUCCGACAAGAGCCAGUGGGAACGCAACCGCAUCCUCAGGGGUCUUUUGGAUGGAGACUUUGAAGUGGUGAUCAGUACAGGUGUGUUAGGAAGAGGACUGGACCUAGUCAACGUCAGAUUGGUGGUUAACUUUGACAUGCCAAACACAAUGGAUGAGUAUGUCCAUCAGAUGGGCAGGGCAGGUCGGCUGGGACACAGAGGAACAGCCAUCACCUUUCUCAACAACAAUAAUAAGCGGCUGUUCCUGGAGGUGGUGAAGCGGGUCAAACCCACAGGGUCCAUCCUGCCUCCUCAGCUCCUUAAUUCACCUCACCUCCAUGAGCAGCAGAGAAGGGAGAGACAAAAGGCCAAGCAGGGGCCUGAUGAAACGCUGGUCACCAAAAACAACCUCAUUGACAUCAUAAGGAAACAUGACCGUCGCAAGAAAUAGUCUGUGCUUUCAAUCAUUCCUGUUACAGUUCUGUUUAUUUAUUGAGUAAAUGCUAAAUGUUUAUUUUGUAUAGUGUUUUAUUAAAAAAUAAACUUUGAGGUCUCAUACGUAUCAUAUCAGCAUUUUUAAAUUGAAGUAGUAUAUGAGCUGACCUUGUCCUCAGGAGGUGGAGAGGAGGGAUGAUGAAGUGACAUCUAGGUGAGAUGCCUGCCACGCUCCAGACCACUGUUCAAGACCAUUAAACAACAACAACAGCUGUUUUUCUAGUGAGUCAGUGCUGCGUUUCCGGCAGCUUUAUAGUUGCCAAACAUGAGACCUGUUGCUGUUUCUCCAGCCGGGUUAAUGCCGCAAAAAAGCAGACGUUUUUUCAUCAAGACAUCAUUGUGCUAACUGUUUUUGCACUUUAACAUAACCACACGUUAAUCACAGCUUGUUAAAACAUUAAUUUUCAACAUACGAUAAUUAAUAUUCUGCAAAUGUAACAUCUGUGAUUUGCAGAUAUGUGCAUUGUUAACAUUUAUUCUGGCAAUUAGGUAUAAUAUUCAGAUCUUUCAGUUUCAAGUAAAACUACGAAUACCACACUGUAAAAAUAAUCUGUUAAAAGUUCAAAGUUCUGUAUUGGAAAUGUCACUUAAGGAGCAGUGUGUGGGAUUUAGUGCCAUCUAGUGGUGGGGGAAUUCAGAUUGCAACCAGCUGAAACUUCUCCUAAGUGUGAACUCCAGGUUGGAAUUCCUUCAGUGUUCACUGUUCAGGAGGUUUUUAUUGGGAGGCAAAUUAUCCAGGGUCUCUUUCUCUCCAAAACAAAUGGACCAGGUGUAUUAAACCUGUGAAAACACGCAA